AUGUACUCUAUCCUAUACACUGAAAACAACAAGCUGGUAGAAAAGAAGACAGCUAAAGGGAUAAAGGAGUCGGUAACAAAGAAGAAGAUAAAACAUGACAAUUAUGAAACCUGCUUAUUCGUUAAGAACCAGACAAAAGCGUCAAUGAAUCAGAUUCGAAGUAAAGGUCAUGAGAUCUACUCCAUCAAAUUAAACAAGAUUGCGUUAAGUCCAUACGACGAUAAACGUUUCAUUUUAGAAGACUUUGUUAGCACAUUAGUUCAUGGACAUUAUAAA